GAACUACUACAAAACACUGGAUAUGAAUUCAUGGUGCGAGCAGUUUACUCAGAUGGCUGUGACAGCGAUUUUAGCUGCAAGAGUGCGGAAAUAACAACAGGAUGCUCAAAGGUGUUUGGGAUCCUAAAGUACUGCAAGAAGAUAAUUGAUGGGCCACCAAGCGUUUACAGACUUCCUUUAGUUGAGAUACAGUCAUCAAAAGACGAUGAUCAAAAGACAAGAAAAUGUAGAUACGGAAACUCGACUUGUCUUCGAGAGAAAACUGUACUGAUGGUCGGCCCAAGAACAGGAGGGAAAACCACUCUAAUCAACGGACUUGUCAACCACAGUCUUGGUGUGAAAUGGGAACACGAGUACCGAUUAAAAAUUUCAGAUGAACCAGAAAUUACAUCUUCCAGCCUGGAAUCACCUACUGAAUGGAUCACAAGCUACAAACUACAUCCGGUCACGACAGACACUGACUUCAUUUUGAAUAUCAUAGACACCCCGAGCUUCCACGAAGGACCAGAAUCGGUUGAAAGUAACAAGAAUCUCGUUAAACGUCUCAAAUUCUUCCUGUCCACCAGAGGUCCCAAGGGUAUGAAUGGAAUAGAUGCUGUUUGCUUCGUCAGUCAGGCCAAUCCUGUCACAUUUAGCGGUAUUGACAAGGCCUUUAGCGACAUACUGGAUGGCAUUGUGUCCUUAUUUGGAGACAACAUGCAUGGGAACAUAAUUCCUAUGCUGACGUUUGCCGACGGGAAAGAGCCAUCCGUGCUUAAGAUCCUCUCAACUGUUGGGGUCCCGACACAGCGUUUCUUUGUCUUUAACAGUUCGACGCUCUUCCCACCGUACACUGAAGACGCUCUACUUGGAAAGACUUCGUGGAAAUUAAGCUCAAGAGGAUUUGAAGGAUUUUUAAACCAUCUUUCAAACAUGAAACCCUGCCCAGCGUUCAAGACCACUCCGAUGACAACAACACAGCCCAAUGAAAAAUGGCAACAAGAGAAAAUGACACAUCUGCAGGAAAAUCGUAGAUUGGAGAUUAACGUACAACUCAUGAAUCUCGCGAACGUGCAGUCCGACAGAGAUACUGUGAAGAGCUUUGCUAUCGACAAAGAGCUCAACAACACGUCUACAUACGAUGAGAAGGUGUAUCGUCAAGAAAUCCCGCUUAAACCUGGCACGCGUGUUACCAACUGUAUCGUGUGCCAUACUACUUGCCAUUUUCCCUGCACAAUUCCGAUCAACAAUCGUAAAAAGCGCUGUGACGUUAUGAAAAAAGGCAAUUGUACAAAAUGCCAUCAGAAAUGCGUGUGGCACUUGCACAGGAACGAUACAUUUAGGAUAAUAAAAGUACAGGUUAAAACAGUAACAAGAACGUACGCUGACAUCAAAGCAAAAUAUGAAUUUAAUGUGGAAGAAAAUGUGUCAACCGACGCAAUGCUACAGGCCAUCACACGAGCAUUUGUGUCUCUGAUGGAGGUAGUGAUCUCCCUGAUCUCAAAGACAGUUAAAACCAGCAACAGCUUACAGAAGAUUUAA